AUGUUUGUUCCCCAACAAAAACAAUUCUUUCCGGAAAAUUCUCCAGCAAUAGUUGUUCAGAAGCGACGACCAACUUCUUCAAGUUCAUCAUCGCCUAUCGCCCUUCGCGCUAAUCCAAAGGGUGUUACGCAACAAUGUAUUUGUGAAAGACUUAGUUGUUUAGUUGUUUGUCGCAGAUGUGGUCAUGAUUUAAUUGGUCGGGUUCUUAGGCAAGAAAAAUUUAAAAAAUUUUUCCAAAAAAUUUUCAUCUUUUUCAGUCCUUGCUCAAUACAUCCGCGGCGAAUUGCACUGAUGGAUUUGCGUGAAUGUCCAAAUUGUCGAAGUGUUCAGUUAAGCGAAGUUGCCUGAAAAACACCCUAAUUUUUGAUUCUAAAUAUGUUUUUGAUUU